AUGUUGGCGCUACGUCCGUCCCUACAUCAUCCUUAUCCUCAACAUCCACGCUCACAUCCACAACAUCCUCAACGUCUACCUCUACGCAUCCCUAUAUCAAAACAAAACAUACCCCAAUAUUGGCCUCCGUCGCCACAAACACAAACACAACCGCAUCCACAACAACAUCAACAACAACAACAAGCAAGCACACUUGCCACCGCCACUAUCCCCCCUCAAUCUCCUUUCAGCACCAGCAGCAACACCUUGACGCACAACAGCUCCGUCUUCUCGUUCGCCUCCGCGAACCCUCCCUUCUUCGACACGCAAUCCCAAUCACCGCAGCUGAUGCAGGUCGAGCACUCCUCCAACAGCUGGCUCACCCAAGGCCAAUUGACCCCGACCUCGACGACGAGGACACACCAUCGCGAGUCGUCCCAAUCAUCGCUGGGAUCGGCAGGCCCGGCGUCGCCAUACGCCGCCAACAUCUCCAACCCCCAGGUGGCCGGCGACAUCUAUAAUGACUUCCACGACUUCUCGGAUUACCACCAGACGUCGUCGAAGCCACUAACUCCCAUACACACCCCGCUGCGAGAGAACUUCCUCGCGCCCAACAACUACGCCAACUUCUACCAGAACUCGAACAUGGCAUACACCUUGGGUCAAGAUGGGCUGCCAAAGAUGGGCGACGCAGACCUGAUGCCUGCCCCCGAGCUCAACCACUCAGGCCGCCCUUCCAUAGCAUCCGUGGCAAGCCAUGACUCACCGUCCACGCCACAGUCAUAUGAUGGAGAGAGGCAGAAGAAUGGUGAGAAAUCGAGCAUUGCAUUUGGGUCGUGGUCGGACGAUUACUUACUUUUCGAUGAAGGCUACAGAAAUAACAUGCCGAAACUCAACAGGACCAUGACCGAUGUCUACGCAGACGAACUAUACAAUCCAAACUUCCAGAUCACGUCGGCCAGUCCUGGCCCGAGUCUCGUCACAUCGACACCGCUCUCACCACACCACGACGUUUUCUCACAAAGACUCCAAGCUGCGAGUAAUCAACAUCUGAGCGCUUCAAACACCCAAAUACCAUUGGUGAUGCCAACUCGAGAGCGCUCUCCUUUCCGGCACGGCUCUCCUCUGGCCCCAACCCACGAUGGCUUUGGCUCGCAGUCGCCAAGCGUCCGUUUUGGAACCGCGACUCAGAUGCGCGAACAGCAGAAGGCGGAGAACGAUGCGCGGGCAAUGCACGAGCAGAUGACAAGGGGAUCUUCCAACCAGGCGGCACCAAAGACGGUCUCACCGAAGGAUGUCAAUCUCAUCUACCAGGAGAGCGACGAAGAUGCCAACGCUCCCCUAUUCCCGCCGACGCAGCAACGUUCAUCGAAUUACCACCAGCUAUCUGCGAUGUCGCAUGAGCCUUCGGAGCAGGACGAUAUUUCACAACACAGCUACGGCAGCAUGGCAACUACGCGGCGGGAGAGCUCGUCUGCGUAUUCCACUUCUUCACAAGUGGGAGCGCAGGGCUCCAACUUCAAUUUCGCCGCUCCUGCUCUCUCAGGAAACAUCCGCCAAAUACCCCAACAGUAUCCUUUCGUCCCCCAGUCGCACAGACAGUCGAGAACUAUUUCGAGCGUCGGUGAAGACUUCCCGAUAGCCAUGACUUCGAUGGAAUCAACCAACAGCGAAUAUACGCCCGAAACAUCGGACAUCAAGAAGCCAUCGGGGACAUCGGCCGAUACUGGAACGUAUACAUGCACGUAUCAUGGCUGCACCCUGAGAUUCGACACUCCGGCGAAACUUCAACGCCAUAAGCGAGAAGGGCAUCGACAUUCCGCAGCGGCGACAUCCGCGGCAGAAGAAGACGGUAUGACCUCAGCGGCGCAACGGAACUCCCAAGCUGGCCCCCAUAAGUGCGAAAGGAUUAAUCCUUCCACGGGCAAGCCGUGCAAUACGAUCUUUUCACGGCCGUACGAUCUCACACGGCAUGAGGACACGAUCCACAAUGCGCAAAACCUUCAGCAGAAACGACGCUCUUACGAGGCAUCUGAGAGUGGUGCACCCCGAGUACGUGGAGCAAUCGAAGGGUCGGCGACGUGGUGUGCAUGGCCACAAUUGAGUGCAAAUCAAUCGACCAACGGAACGGUUCCAUUUGGAUGCAAUUUCACCGGCUCUUCCGAAGCACACUAUUGUGACGCUGCGAUGUCAUGUCCAAAUCCAUCCGGCCAGUUCCACGUUAUCCUCUCUAAGCCACUUGACGCAAGGAGUCGGUCGCGUUACCCAAGGGAUAAUAAUCGCCGAGUCACGUGUGCUAUGAGGGGCACUGGUCACGGGGUCCACGGACUCCGAGGUCCCCGCGCCAAGCCUGGUGUGGAUGCGAAUGACGACGAUCUGCCCAUUCACCAUUGGUCCCCCCCGCGAUGCAGGGGGCAGCCAUCCACGGCAGCGACAUGA